AUGUCAGUAUUACCACCAGAAUUGGAUUUGUGCGAGGAUGCAAGAUCCAGGUUCACUCACACCAAGGCACUAUUCGAAAAGUUGGAGCGAGCUGAACAGUCACCUUACUACUUCUCAUCCCGAACGUCUCGACCACCUCCUCCACCCUUACCGCCAAAGCCAAGCGCUCAAUGUCCAACGUCACCAUUAUCACAGGUUACGCACAAUUUUUCGGAAUUAGCAUCUGAUUUGGAUCGCUUAUCUACAACACAUUCCACUCUGGCUACAAGAAUUAACGGGGUUGACUCUUUAAGUUCUCCAAUGUCCGCAUUGGAUUCAGUAGCUACCAAAAAGGCCAAUUAUGAACCUUAUUGGCGUGACCCCUCAUUCUAUAAACGGCGAUUUGGUGGCUUAGAAAGCCUAUCCACGAAUGAAGCAUGUGAUAGUGAUAGCAUUGAAAACGCCGAUGCGAUUAAUCUAGUAGCAGAGGAUGAAAAUGAUAAGGAACAAGCUGUGAAGCACACUACGUAUGCGCUUGUAAAACGUAAACCAGAGAAGAAUGAUGAUGAUCUGUUGCAAGGAAAUGUCGUUGAAGUUGGAAACACAACCGGCUUUAAUGUAUUAUUGGAAGAAUGCUCUUCUGGUAUGAGAAAUGGUUCAAAUGGCGAUUUAUCGGGAGUUGCAGAAGUGAUACGAGGACUUUCACCCGAAUUCGAUGUUGUUGGUCGAAAAGUCUCAUUCAGUACUGCUCCGAUCAAGGUUUUCUCGACACAUAGCAUCAUAGAUUACGACCGUCGAAACGACGAGAUUGAUCCGGUAGCAUCAUGCGCUGAAUACGAACUGGAACGACGCCUUGAUAAAAUGCAAAUAUUCGAUGUUCAUCUGAAGAAAGGCGCUGAAGGGCUGGGGGUGUCUAUUAUCGGUAUGGGAGUGGGCGCUGAUUCUGGUCUCGAAAAGUUGGGAAUAUUUGUGAAGAGUAUAACGCCUGGUGGAGCGGUUCAUCGUAACGGCCAAAUUCGAGUCUGUGAUCAGAUUGUAAGUGUUGAUGGAGUCAGUCUGGUGGGUGUAAGCCAAAUUUUCGCUGCUGAAACUCUACGAGCUACUGGAAGUGAGGUAGUCUUUACAAUAGGUCGAGAGGACAAUUUGGAGGAGAGUGAAGUUGCACAGCUCAUCAGGCAGUCAUUGGAGGCAGAUCGAUUCCGAGAAGCAGAAGAGUUAGAAGAGGAUGAAGCUGAUAGUGAUGACAGUGAAGAACCGACAAUUUUGAAGGAAGAACGGAAAAUUAGGAAACGCAUAGAUGAUCUUGAAGUGGAGCUUAGUGAAUCACAAAAAAAAGCUGACCAGAUGAAAGAGAUCUUGGAAAGUUCGAGGGCUCACUAUGCCAUGCUUGAAAGUAAAUAUGAGCAAGCAAAUCAACUUUUGCGAAGUUAUCAGGAAAGAGAAAAAGAACUGUUGGAACGCGAAGAAGCGCACGUGGAUCAGUUGCGCCAAAAGGAUGCUCACUAUAGUGCUCUAGUGAGUCAGCUUAAGGAACGUAUUGAAGAAUUAGAAAGAAGACUUGAUGAGAUGGCACAGAGACGAACGACUGUGAUGGAAGGUGAAUUAUCGGAACUGAAAGAGCAGUUAGCAGCUCGAGAUGUCAGUCCGGCUUUAGCCUAUAAACCUACAUGCCCAAUGGACCAUGACUCUACAAAAUCUUCCAAAAUCCUCGCUAUUAAGACCUCCAGUUUGCCUGGUAAAUCAGCAUCGACAUCAGUAUAUCGUCGUGUUACUGGUACAGAGAGCGCUUGUGAAAGUGCUGCAGAUGACGCAUCUGAUGAGCAGAAAUCAUCGCGUGACAGCCCGAUACCACGGAUCUCGGAACCAGCUAGUCCAGCUGUGCUUCAUAAAUUCGCUCAUCGUAGAAUAUUAUUCCCGUUAAGGAGGCGUUAUAUCACAAUUUCAGCGGAGCAUGAAUUCUGGCGCGAUACGUUUCAGUCUAUUCAGGUGCUGCAUUGGACAUGUGAUGAUGUUUGUCAGCUAUUGAUUCAAAUGGGUUUGGAUAAGUACAUUCCUGAAUUUACCGUUAAUCAAGUUAAUGGUACCAAAUUUCUGGACUUGGAUGGGAACAAGUUGAAGGCAAUGGGUAUUCAGAAUCAUUCUGAUCGUGCUGUAAUCAAGAAAAAGAUCAAAGCUAUUAAGUCGAAAAUUGAACGUGAACGAAAACAGCUGGAGAAGGAAAGUAGAUUAAGGACAGUUGCGCCAGUACAUUAA